AUGACAGGAUUACUCGAAUCUGAUGAAAUUGUAAAAGUAUUACAAUUGGACGUAGCCACGAAUGCAUUGCUAACAAGAUUAAAACAAUCUAUACUAAUCUGUGAAGAGUUUACUAAAUUUACUAGAAAAAAAUUCAUUAUUGAAGAAAAUUAUUUGGAAGAAUUGUCGAAACAGUAUAAACAUUUUUUCAAUAAUGAUUCAACUUCAAUUACUCCUUCUUCUUCAACUUUACAUAAGAAUAUUGUUAAAAUAUUUGCCUUCGACGGCUCUUUAGCUCAGGUUAGAUAUAUAUAUGCCCAAUACCUGAGUAAAAUGUACGAUGAGUUGUCUUCAUUACUAUUAACAAUGACAAGAAUGAGGAAAUCGUUAAAGGAAACAAGCAGACAUUUAGAGAAAAAUGUAGCUGAUGCCAUUCAUUUAGCUGAAAAGAAUAAAAAUAGAUACUAUUCUUUAUGCCAGGAUUGGGAAAAACUAAGAUUGGUUGACCCAACAAAGACCAAAUUAACUUUAAGAGGUUCAAGAACUACACGAGAACAAGAAGAAGAUUUAAUAAGAAAAAUUGACAUUGCAGAUUUGGAUUAUAAACAAAAGGUUGAAAUUGCAACAAAUUUAAGAAAUAAUUUACUAAACAUUGAACGUCCUCGUAUUGUAUCUGAAUUAUCUGAUUUGAUUAUGGAAUUAGAUACUGCGAUGACUAUACAACUACAAAAAUAUUCUAUCUGGACGGAAAAGUUAUUAUUGGAUUCUGGUUCGAUAGUCUCUCCGUUAGAUGACUCUCCAAAUAAAACAGUAUCAAUGAAAUCAUUGGCUGAUUCAAUUACAAAUGAAAAAGAUUUGUACAAUUAUUUGAAGAAAUUUACUGAUAAUUCUCCAAAAUAUAUUAAUAAAAAUCUAAUUCCUGUGACUUAUACAAAGCAUCCUUCCAUGAUUAAAAACAAGUCAAGAUCCUCAUCGAAUGUAUCUUUAAAACACCAACCUUCUUUUGUAGUGGAUCCUUCCAGAAAUUCAAUCCCAAAGAGAAUGAUAUCGACUCAUAACGAAUCACCUUUCGAUGGUUUUAAAUCAUUACCAUCAUCAGUUACAUCUCCUGCCAUUGCAUCAAACUUAUCCUCAAAGAAAAGUAAUAUAACUAAAUCAACAACCUUAGGUGAUAUCUCGGAUACCGUAGAACCUGUAACCUCGUCUUCACAGGUAGUUAAGCCUAUGAUUGAUGUUGUAACUUCUGCAAAUAACAUUGAUUCAAAUCUGAAUGACGAUGAAAAUGAAAAUAGUCAGGAUUUAGACUCUAUUAUAAAGUCGGAUACUAGUUUUAGGUCACUUGAUCCACAUGCCAAUAAAAAUGAAUCAAUUCAGAAUGCUAUUUCAAUGGUUAUUUCUAAUACAGAAAACCAGAUUUCACAAUCGCAGGCCUCAGAUAAUUUAUCGUUACCAGCUCUUUCUCCAUCUCCUUCAAAUAUAGACGCUGUAAUCACAAAUCCUGUUGAAGACAAAACAGACAAAAAAGAUUUGAAAUUAUUUGGUGCUCCUCUAGAGAAUCUAUUUGAAUAUGAACAGGAUAUGGUACCUAGUAUAGUCAGACAAUCGAUUCAUGUCAUUGAUAAAUAUGGUUUAGAGUUAGAGGAAAUAUACCGUCAUCCCGUUGGAUUAGAAUUCCUAGAGUCUUUAAAGAAUCAAGUUGAAAAUAACCCAACAAAUGUCACAAAAUAUAUACCACCUCCAAAUCAUGAUGAGAGUGACAUUUAUUUAGUAGCAUCACUAUUAAAAUUGUUCUUCAGUUCAUUACCAGACACUCUGAUUCCAGCUUCAAUUUCAAAUGAAUUAAAUACAUGUUUAUCGAUUGAAGAUAUGACUACAAGGAAGAACUAUAUGCAUGGUUUAAUAUAUAAAUUUCCAGAUGCCCAAUAUUGGACUUUAAGAUCUCUCUUAUUUCAUCUGAAAAGGGUGAUAGAUAAUGAAGAAAAGAAUAAAAUGAAUAGAAGGGCAGUUUCAAUUAUCUGGGGUCCAAUUAUAUUGCCAAGUAAUGAAACAGACUUUAAUGAUGUUGAUUACCAUAUUCAGCUUUUGGGUGUAUUAUUUGAUGUUCUAGAACAAGCAUUUGAACCUGAAUGA